GUGCGUGUGUAUGUGUGCGUGUGUGUAUAUACUGCAUUGUGUGAUCUCUGUAUUCGAAAUAUAAUGUCUUCAGCUGAGAUUCUAUUUUCUUUUCUGCUAUCGGAUUGUCAGAUGCGGAGACGGUUAAAAUAAUUAGAAAAUCGGAUCGCUUGGAAAAUACGUUUCUUUAUCUCUUGGCUUGAAAUCCAACAACCGAUUCACAGUACCACUAAGAGGAUCUGGCUAAGAUUCUCGAACAAACUCCUGAUGUUUCUGUGAGACUCUGUGCGAUCAACAGUAGCCGGCCUCCCAUAAUCAUUGUACUUCUGACACCUCGCACUGAGCAGGGAUGUUCAACAACAAUCCAGCCGUCAGAUUUGGGAGGAAAUGUCAGCUAGUGCAAACAAGCUCUGAUAUUGCAUUGCGGGUCAGCUAUGGACCUAAUGGAUUGAACGCCUUUUUUAAAUACUUAACUUCUGCAGGACUGGAUGAGAGGCAACGCCAAGAGAUACUCGAGCAUGUUGAACGUAUGCGGCAGAUAAAAUCUGAGCGCCUGGCUCCCAUAAUUGGCACGUACCAAAAUGGAAAUACUCUGGGGAUCCUGUUGGACUGGAUGUCAAAUGGCUCAUUGCAUGCUCUAAUCUACCAGCGAGACCUGUAUCCAGUACUGCCACCAUUUGUGUGCGUGCAGAUCCUGGCAGAUGUCGCCGAGGGACUGUGUCACCUGCACAGUUUAUCUCCUCAAUUCGUACAUCAAGCACUUAAACCAAGCAAUAUCCUUCUGGAUGGAAAGUACCGUGCAAAGGUUUCAGACUUUGGGAUGGAAUCAUUGCGACAUUUGACCUCUAACGAAAUCAAUCAGCAAUGCCGGGUAUAUCUGUCUCCGGAGAGGCUGCAGGGAUAUGAACCAUCCACAGCAGACGAUGUUUACAGCUUUGGGAUGACAUGUUAUGAAACGUUUAGAAGGCAGCCCCCAUUUCGUGGUGAAGAAAAAGAAUACCCCUUGAAGCUGGAGACAGGGAUUACAAGGGGCCUUCGACCACAGCCGGGCAUGGACAUUCUUCUAAAGGCCACUAACAUGUCCUGUGCUCAACGUGCAAGUCUAGUUGAGCUUGUCAACUGUUGCUGGCAUCAGAAUCCUAAAAUGAGACCUUCAACGGCAGAUUGCCUGGGCUUUCUCAGAAAAAUCCAGCAAACUUUCUCGGUUGAGGAGAUGGAGCAAUCGGUGAAUUCACUCCAAAAACACAAGGAGAUGGCAGAGAAGGCAUUCCAAAGCCCAGUACAGGAAUAUGAUAUCUCAUUUUUGGAUUUUUAUUGCUCGAUGGUCAGCGGCAAAACUGUUCAGAGAAACCGAACCCAGAGCACACCUGAGGAAAGUCACAGAGGAGCCACACAGAUUAAAUCGCAAAGAAGUGCCAGCCUACCUUGUCCUAGUUCAGUGCAAUCUGUGCAGACCAGUAGUCCCUCACUUCCUCUUGCCAACCAUAUGAACCGCACCAGCCUUCCCUGUGAAAAUGCCAGGCACCACAAUAAGUUCAACUUGACAAGAGGCUGCUCACACCAUGAGCCAAGAUCAGGAGGCCCCUCAAGGCCUCCAAAUCAUGUACAGAACAGAAACUCAACUAAAACACUGAUUGAAAUCAGAGAAAGUCUUGUGCAAGAUAUGACCGAGGGAAAACUGAACCGGCUGUUGGACAUCUUGAGGUCCUCCCAGAUCUUCUCCAGAGAUGAGUAUGAGGUUAUCAAUUCAAAGAUCACCUUAACAAACAAAGUAAGACAAUUCUUGGACAUCUGCUGUGAAAAAGGCGAGGAGGCUUCACGCACAGUUCUACAGAGCCUCUCUGUAUGAUGUAGCAACCUAUAAAACCCAACAUGAGGUGGACUACAAUCCGACAAGUUGAACCAUUCACAUGCUUUUUAUAAAUGGAUAUAAUUUGGAAGGCCAUCUCAGCUGGGGCAGGAUUCCUCUAUUAUUGAAGGUGUGUUGAGUAGGAUACCUAUACCCCCUUCGGACGAGAUCAACUAAAAUAUUUAAAUGGCGGAAAAAACAACAACAUGGUGGUGCAUGAUAGAGUGGGUAAAGCAGUAAAUAAGCUGAAAACAUAUGUUAUUUCAUUGUCCUGGUUUCAUGGCCAAAGGAUUCGUUGCUGUCUGCGUUGAACAAUAAGGUCUUCCAUAUGUGUGCAAAUUAUUUGACCAUGGAUUCCUUGCAAAACUGGCAGGAUGAGGAUCUGAGAAGAGACUUGGCCUUGUGACAGCCACAAUAUGGUGUUGUGCCUGACAUUUCACUGUAUGUUCCACAGACAGGUAAUAAUUGAUAGAUCCCUAGUGGAUUAUUUCAUUGGAAAUAUUUUCCGUUUCCAAGGCUCAUGUUACAUUUGUGUAUAACAGUGCUUUUGUCAUAUAAGUCUAAUGUAUUUUUUUUACCACCUGUUCCAAACGGACUCUUUGCUUUUUGAUCAGUGGUAUUACUGCCUAUCAUUUAAAAUAGCAGCCUUGUUUUAACAGGUUAGAGGGCAAUUUAAAUUAAAUAGCUUGAGUA